CCUAUUCAGGAAAUCUCGCUAAGAAAGCACUAUAUUUUUGAAAAGACUUACUAUAUUUCUUCUUGUAAAAUAUAUAGUUAGAAUUUUUAUCUCUUGUACCUUUAAAUAGUAUAUUUUAUUAAUAUACGUUGACCACGUUGCAUUGGAGCAACAAGCACGAGUUGAGCUUCUAUGCUAGCUGCUGGAUCAGUACAUUGAAUAGAGGCUUGUUUGCUUGUUUGUGCUAUCUUCAGGAGCUUUGAGUUUCGAAAGCUCAGCACAGCAAUCAUGCAUUUCCCAGCGCCUCUCUCAUCCCUUGCUUCUGCUUCUGCUUUCUUCUUUGCCUAUGCACAAGCAACCUACCUCCACAAUGACUUGAGCUUUGGUCACCAAGACAGGUACGUCGUGUCUCUCCCUCGCCCUCCAGAGCCCUCUAAUACAUGCCAGAAUCUCCCCAAACCUCCGCGCCAUACCCAAUUGGCAUUUAAUAGGCAAACCAGACCCUCCAGAGAUCCUCUCCAACAAACUAGUCCUCACUCCUCCCGCACCAGGCAAUCAAAGGGCGGCAGUAUGGUCGGAGAAGCAAUUACAACACCAAUACUGGACCGUGGAUUUGGAUUUCCGUGCAACAGGGCCCGAGAGGGCAGGAGGAAAUAUGCAGUUGUGGUAUGUGAAGGAUGGGCAGAAUGCAGUGGGGACGAGCAGUAUCUAUACAGUGGGCAAAUUCGACGGUUUGGUGUUGGUGAUUGAUCAAUAUGCUGGUUCAGCAGGAUAUAUACGAGCCUUCCUAAACGAUGGAUCCACAGACUACAAACGCCACCACAGCAUCGACAGCCUCGCCUUCGGACACUGCGAAUACGCUUUCCGCAACCUGGGACGCCCCUCCCGAAUAGCAAUCCAACAAUCAAGCAGUGGCUUCAAGGUCUCCGUCGACGGCAACCUCUGCUUCGAAAGCAACAAAGUGAAGCUUCCCUUAGGCAACAACUUCGGCCUCACAGCCGCCAGCGCCGAAAACCCCGACUCCUUCGAAGUCUUCAAGUUCGUCACCACCACCGAGUCACACACACCCGAUAUCCUCGACCCAGCACAAGGUAACGUCGGUUCCCAGCAGAUUUUAAACUCAGACAUCCAAGGUCGCGCGGAGGACAAGCCCAAGGGCGAUAUCCCCGCCUACAGCGACCCCGUUGACGAAGCCGCGUCGAAAUACACAACUUCCAACGAGCAGUUUGCCGAUCUCCAUAACCGUCUCCAGACCAUGAUGAGAUACAUUAGUGCCAACGGCCGCGACCAGUUACACUGGCAGAACCAAGCUCAAAAGACCAGCGAACUCCUUGCCGAGCGUCUAGCACGCAUUGAAGCCUCGCUGGGAGAACUGCACAGUCUGCGCGAGAGGAUUGAUGCCAUCCAGACGGAUGUCAGGCAGACGAAGAGCGAUCUGCAUAACCAGCUAGACAGGCACGUGGCGAAUAUCCAAGGGGAGGUGCGCGAUACGCAUAGUAGUUUGACGGGGAGGAUUGAGAAGGGGAGUGGGAUUGGGAGGUUUGUGGUUGUGGUUGUAGGGAGUCAGGUUGUUCUUGUAGGAGCGUAUUUGUUGUACAAGAGGAGGAGAGCGGGGAAUCACAUGAAGUAUUUGUGAAGGAGCAUGAGGGUGAGGUCGUUAUUGUUAGGAAUGAGAUGGUGAAGGAGCUGAGGGGAUGAGGCGGAGAUGAGAUUCUGUAUUAUAGCUUUGGACUUGGAUGGGUUGGGACUUCGAAGUGAGAAGAUUUGGGCUGAGUAGAGGAGUAGAGAAAAGGGGCUGCCUCCCGCGAAGCGAGCGAGAGAGAGUGCUUCGCUCGAAGCUCCAAAUUUGUAUACAGAAAUGGCGCGACGGUAGAAACACAAGAAAAGAUUUCAAGAUCUUCACUGUGAGGAUUUGUGUCAUCAUUAAGACAGUCGUUCCAAAAUACCGACACAUGAUUUGGAGGUCUCGCUUGCUAGAAAGAUGAUAAACAAACCAAAAAUUGCAC